UUUGUGUUUUUUUUUCGAAAAAUUGAAACAUUCACGCUUAUUAAUCUCUCUCUCUCUCUCUCUCUCUCUCUGCGCUUCGCUCAAACCAACAAUACUUGAUGGAUUUCUCUUACAAAAUAGAAAAGCUGUCAUAUCUAAUCAAAAGCCCAGAUCUCCUUUCCCAUAUGCAAGAUUUAAAGCUUGAUGGGGGAAAAAUUGUUAGCUUUCAGUGGCUCGGGCCACAUUUUUUAGCUUUUCUCAAACACGUAGAAUACUCGAUUUCUGAGUUCAGGAGAAUUAAGGAUCUGUUGGAGGAUCUUGAUGAGUCAGCCUUAAAUUGCAUCAUAUAUGGAGAGAAUGAACAUUACAAUGAUUUUUUAGAAAUCAUUAUCUCUUUCAUGCCACAGACUAGAGAGUUCUUCACAAGUUCACUCCUGGUGCUUAAACGUGAUAUAUUCUUCCGUUCCCGCAGAAUCUUCUUCCUUCUUGACUUUAUUGGUUCAUUGCUUAAUUGUGGAACGGAUUCCAAUCUUCUUGUGAGUAAUCAAGUCAAAGUUCUUCUGAAGGAGCUGAAAUUUCUGUUCUUUUUGUAUGUAGAUAUAAAGCGAUGCAGGGAGGGAGAACAUGAAGAGUUAGGUGAAGUAAUUAGUGCAAUGGGAAAACAGGUGUACAACAUUUUCAUAGAAUUUGAAGAUGUAUGUAAAGAUGCGGGACUUUUCUUGCAUUCAUUCUUUUUCACCACAGACCUUGUUACGAUGACCAAAAUGGAUCUGACAAUUUCUGCUCUGUUAGAAAGAAUUGAGAUUGUGAAAGUGAAGUUCAAAUAUUUCUGCAUUAGAGUCUCCAUGAAGAUGAAUUGUGGUAUUGGAAGCCUUCAAAUUGCAGAAAGUCCCAGUGAAGUAUCAUCAUCCCAAGAUAAAAACAUUCCCACGGUAGAUGAGAUGAUUGUGGGCUUAGAGGACAUGGCAACAGAAGUUACAAGCAAGCUUCUUGGAGGACCGAGCUACCGCCAGAUUAUUUCCAUAGUUGGAAUGGGUGGACUUGGCAAGACCACCUUAGCAAAGAAAAUAUACAAUGAUUCCAAUGUUCGGGAAUACUUUGAUAAUCUUUCUUGGUGUGUUGUUUCUCAAACUUACCAAAAGAGAAAGCUGUUGGUUGACAUUUUGAGAUCCUUGGGUAACCUAAAGAGCCACGAAGACAAGAAAGAUGAAGAGUUGGCCGAACGUAUUUACAAAUCUUUAAUCGGUACAAGAUACCUCAUUGUUAUAGACGAUCUAUGGGAUAUCCGUGCAUGGGAUGAUUUGAGAAGGUACUUUCCAGAUGACAAGAUUAACGGAAGCAGAGUAUUGUUCACUAGUCGGUUGAAAAAUGUAGCAUUAGAAAUUUCACAUGUUAUCAUUGAACCUCUUCCCUUGUCACCAAGUGAAAGUUGGAAGUUACUAGAGCAGAACGUGUUCAAGAACGAACUUUACCCUCAGGAACUACAAGACAUUGGAAAGAAAAUUGCAACAUGUUGUCGUGGACUCCCGCUCUCAAUCGUCAUGAUCGCUGGAGUUCUUUCAAAUAUGGAGAAAAGUGAAAGCUUAUGGCAAAAAGUUGCAGAAAGUUUAAGUUCUUACAUUUCCCAAAAAGCCGAUGAAUACAUUCCCAUAUUGAAACUUAGUUACAUGCAUUUACCAAAUCACUUGAAGCCAUGUUUCCAGUAUCUUAGUGUAUACAAGGAAGACGAGGAAAUUCGAGUUCGGAAGUUGUUAUUACUAUGGAUUGCUGAAGGAUUCAUAGAGAAAAAGGAGCACAAGAGCUUAGAAGAUGUAGCAGAGGAGUAUCUAAUGGAACUUAUUAACAGGAGUCUGCUACAAGUUUCCCAAAGAAGCUUUGACAAUGGAGUAAAAGCAUGUAGACUUCAUGAUCUAGUACUUGAUAUGUGCAGGAAAAUCGUUGAAGAAGAAAAAUUUCUGUUUCAACAUCAAUUCUUGGUAUCUAAGCAUUGUCAUCGAUUGUUUAUGGAUUGGUCUCAUCAUCUCUCAGAGGACUUACCCACUUUUUACAAUUCGGAAAUUAAGAUCUUUGAUGGACUGUUUAAAGAGGAAAACAGUAUUACUAUUAUGCCUGACUUGAGGUAUUUGAAUAUUUACACAUUAUAUUUUAUUUCAUAUAGCAGUCUCCAGAACCUAGAAUUUCUUCGUGCGAGGAAAGUGGUUUCUAUUGACGCAUACCUUCUCAAUAUGCCUAAGUUGAGACAUUUACAUGUUGGAUGGUCAGAUCACUAUCAUCAUCUCCCGACGAAGUAUUAUAGCUCAGAUACCUCCCGAAUAAGUAGCCUACAAACCCUUCGUUAUGUUUAUAUUGACGAUUCGGAAAGUGAAGAAAUCUUGAGAAGUUUACCAAAUCUUCGUGAGCUUAAAUGUACAUCUCCAAACAAUUUUUUUCCAAAUCUCAGCUCUCUUACUCAGCUUGAAUCACUCACAAUGGCUUUUAAUAGUAGUUUCGAAGGUGAUUACUCACUGAUUAACUUCCCCAUGAAUAUAAAAAAGCUUGCUCUUUCUAAAUUGGCUUUGCCUUUGGAAAAGAUGUCAUUAAUUGGGACAUUGCCCGACCUGGAGAUUUUGAAAUUAGAUGAAGCCUUUGAAGGAGAAAUCUGGAACACAAAGGAGGAUGAGUUCCAAAAACUCAAAUUCCUUCAAUUAAAAAGGUUAGAUCUUGAACAAUGGAAUUCCUCAAAUGAUCACUUCCCUGUGCUCAAAAAACUGUUGUUGUUUGGAUGCAAAAAAUUGGACAUGAUUCCUUCUGAAUUUAGCAACAUUCUAACACUACAGAAGAUUGAGGCAUAUCGUUGUGGCAAAAAUGUUGGAAGUUCAGCUUUGCAAAUUCGAGAAGUACAACUGGAGUAUGGUAACGAAGACUUUGAGGUGACCAUCAGUAAUUGAUCAUUAUACUAACUUUUUUUUUUUCUUUUUUUUUUUUUUUUGGGAAAUAUCACGGCAGGAGAUUCCUUGACAUCUAGCACCCAUGUGGUGAGAAAAAUGAUACAACUCCCUGCUCCAUGUCAAUUGUUAGUUGUUGUUCUUAUUCAUAGUAUUUUCUUUGUAAUGAACAUGAAGUUUCGACUUCUAUGUAAAGUUAAAUAAUGGUUCGGUUGCAAAUUAUACUAUAUUAUGGUUAAUUUGACAAGUGGUCGGAUCUUGAUAUCAGCCUCGAAUAUUUUGCCUUGUUAUUUUC